GAAACAAACACGCCUUUGUAAAUCUUGCGGACAAGAGAAACGUCCGUUUUAACGUUGGAGAUAAUAUGCAGGAUGGAAAAAGGAUUGGGUUGUAACCAAUUCGAAAAAGAAAGGAAGAGAAAGAGUUCCCUUUCUCUAUCUCAUGGCGGAUAAAACGAGAGCCCACUCUCAUUUCUCGAAACUUGUCACAUUCUUCUUUCGUUUUGCUGAUUCUUUCUGAUCACUCUAUCUCUUCCUUUUGCUUCUUUCCUGUAGCUACAGCAGCAGGUCCUUCUUUUAUCUUUUGUUGGAAUGGCCGUGGCUAUGGCUUCUGCUGCUAAUUGUUUAGUGUACUUUAGCAGCAACACUAAUAAAAUUCCUGUCUUUGAACUCAAAAACCAUUCUUGGCGUGCUGUCUUUGUCAGCAGACCACCCAACGAUCUUGGGAAAAGAAGUGUCAGUUUGUCAUCUUCAACGAUGGGAAUCACUCCACCAGCCACACCAUCGGCCACAGCUGUAGAGAAUGAUGGAAGUUUCGGCGACACUGAUACAGUUCCGACCCCCAAAGUUAUAAUUGACCAAGACUCUGAUCCAGACGUCACUUUAGUGGAAGUAACCUUUGGCGAUCGCCUUGGCGCUCUUCUUGAUACUAUGAAUGCACUUAAAAAUCUUGGGUUGAAUGUUGUUAAAGCAAACGUAUAUCUGGAUUCAUCUGGGAAGCACAACACGUUUGCCAUCACUAAGGCGAGUACUGGAAGGAAAGUAGAAGAACCAGAACUACUUGAGGCAAUUCGUUUGACGAUUAUAAACAACUUACUUGAGUAUCAUCCAGAAUCAAGUUCUCAGUUAGCAAUGGGUGCUGCUUUUGGUGUUGAGCCACCAAAAGAAAAGGUUGAUGUGGAUAUUGCAACCCACAUAAGCGUCAAUGAUGAUGGUCCUGACCGUAGCUUGCUAUAUGUCGAAACAGCUGAUCGACCAGGGUUGUUGGUGGAUCUUGUAAAAAUUAUUACUGACAUCAACAUUGCAGUUGAAUCUGGGGAGUUUGACACUGAGGAUUGGUAUUCGCCCAGUGGUAUUAAAUUUUUCUACCUUUGCAACCUAGGGGUUGUUGGCAAAGGCAAAGUUUCACGUCAGCUACAAGAGCAAAGCCAUCAUCAAGCCUCUGCAGCAGGUUCUUGCUAAUAGUUUGCGAUAUUUCUUGAGGCGUCCGACUACUGAGGAGGCGAGUUUUUGAGCCACCAAUAUAAACAUAGCCGAGUUUAGGGGAAUACAUCAUUUGAUCAUAGAAUUAUCCCCAGGGACCUCAAUUUGCCAAAGGGGUGAAUUUCAGAAUUCUUCUUCGCAAUAAUCUCUUGUAGGAAUUCUAUGAUGGCCUGUUACUGCAAUGAUAUUUUAUAUUGAUUUCUAUUUAAUGUUUUCAUGACUAGUGCAUAAAUCUUGCAAACAAAUGUGACUCUAUUAUGGUCUACAUUUUGAGUAUCUUCUUUGCUUGA